AUGUGGAAAAUAAUUGUCUUGCAUCGGUCAAUAUCAACAUUGGUCCGGGUGAUUGUGAAUGGUUCGGUGUUCCCGGUGAAUAUUGGUCCGCGGAAAUUAAAUUUUCUGAAAGGUUCAUGGUGGCCAGAUAUUGAUGAGCUGUUGGAAGCAAAUAUCCCGGUACAUCGAUUCACACAAAAAGCAGGCGAUGUUGUUUGGGUAGGAAGUGGCUGUAUUCACUGGGUACAUAGCACUGGUUGGUGUAAUAAUGUGGCUUGGAAUGUUGGCCCACCGACACCUACGCAGUACGAAAUGGCUGUUUUCACACACGAAUGGAAUAAACUUAAUGUAAGUGAACUGUAUUUCUUUUUAAGCGGAUUUUAUUUGGUAGAAAUGUAG